AUGACUAUUCGUAAUGCCCCUGUAAAAAGGCCGCGGCUCCCCGAGGCGGCGCGCGAACAGUUUAGUAAUCACUGUGAUAUGGAAAAAGGCCUGGCCUUCUUUGUAAUUCAUAUCUGCCCUGUGACCCAAUUGCGUCGUGGCAAUGUGACUGAGUGGUUAACGUGUCAAGUUCACAUUCUGGACGGUCGCGGUUCGACUCUCGUGUUCGGGAUCGAGCCAGAGCAGCGAAAGAAAGUCGUCCUCGAAGAACUUAUAAGUCACGGUCCGAUGGAUGCAACCGUUCGCCUCAAGUGCACCCUUGAAACGAUAACCGAUGAACCUGGUGAAAGAAGUAUCUCUAUAAAGUUUCCGGACAACAUUUCCUGCUUUGACAAUGUAGCAUUUUAUGAUCACCUUAUUGCCAUGACGUCUAUGAAGGCUGACACAUUGCUUAUUCGUUUUAUUACUUCUGAUACGGUACUGCUAAUCUACUCUGAUCCUAGGAAUCGCUGCGGUUAG